AUGGACUUACAGUCCCGGGAACUGGUGGGAUCGAUAUCACCACACCUUGGGAAUUUAAGCUUUCUGAGGGAAUUACUGCUUCAGAACAAUAGCUUUGGCAAUGAAAUUCCCCCAGAUAUUGGCCGGGAAGUUCCCGUGGAGCUGGGAUCCUUGUCGAAGCUCGCAAUAGUAAAUAUCGAGGCCAACAAUCUUAGAGGGAGUAUCUCUCCUUUCACGAAUUUGCCAUCUCUUCGCGACCUGUUUUUAGACAGAAACUACUUUGACGGCAGCUUUCCUGAUGGUUUUGAUCGAUUGAAGAAUCUUCAGAUACUCGCACUCAGCGUAAGCAGGUUGUCCGGCGUCAUCCUUGCGUCGCUCUUUAACCACUCUUCUCUCACAAGUUUUAAUGUCAUUGUUAACCAAAUUCAGGGAAGUCUUCCCUGGGACUUGGGAAUCACUCUUCCCAAUCUUGAAUUAUUUGGCAUUGCUGGAAACCAAUUUACAGGAUCAAUUCCAGUUUCAAUAUUGAAUGCAUCUAAAUUCCAUGAACACGAAUUGGAUCAAAACAAUCUUACUGGAAAGUAUUUGAACGUGGGCCUAAACAAUUUUGGCUGCAAGAUUCCAGAAUCCAUCAGUAAUCUCUCGAGCAAUCUUAAACUUUUGAGUUUAGACAACAAUCAGAUAUUCGGAAGCAUUCCACCCGGGAUUGUAAAUCUUGUUGGCUUGCAGAGCUUGUAUAUGCAGGUUAAUCAACUCACCGGUACUAUUCCAAGUGGGAUUGGAAAGCUUCAAAAUUUGCACGAAUUGAAUCUCCUCAACAAUUCAUUGUCUGGUAACAUUCCAUCUUCCCUAGGAAAUCUGAGUUUGUUAAGUAAACUUGUUUUAGGACUAAAUAAUUUUCUGGGAAACAUUCCUCCGAGCCUAGGGAAUUGUAGUAAUUUGCAAAAGUUGCUUCUUUCUCAAAACAACCUUAAUGGUAGCAUACCAAAACAAGUUGUUUCUAUCUCAUCCUUAUCUAUAUAUCUAGACCUAUCCCAAAACCAAUUGAGUGGUUAUCUUCCCAUGGAAGUUGCAAAGUUGAUAAACCUUGGUUACUUGGAUGUCUCUAAGAACCUGUUAUCAGGUGAAAUUCCGAGCACUCUAGGUAGCUGCACAAGCCUGAAAACGCUACGUUUGGGGAACAACUUUUUCAACGGAACCAUUCCUUCUUCUUUGAGUUUCUUGAGAGGCCUUAGUGAGUUGGAUCUUGCGAAUAAUACCUUGUCUGGUGAAAUUCCAGUGUACUUGAAGAGCUUUAUUUUGUUGCAAAAUUUGAAUCUGUCUUUUAAUAAUUUUGAAGGUAUAGUACCAACACAAGGUGUAUUUAGUAAUGCAAGUAAAAUAUCAGUAGUGGGAAACAGUAAGCUCUCUGGGGGGGGGUUUCGGGCUGUGUACAAAGCAGUUAUUGAUGGAAGAAUUUUCGCUGUGAAGGUACUCAACCUUUUGCGACAUGGAGCUUCGAAGAGUUUUGUAUCCGAAUGUGAGGCCUUGAGAAACAUCAGACAUCGAAAUCUUGUCAAAUUGGUAAUAGCAUGUUCGACAGUAGAUUAUCAGGGUCAUGACUUCAAGGCCUUGAUUUAUGAGUUCUUGGUCAAUGGGAGCCUUGAGGAGUGGUUACAUCCAAAUCCCAAUGAAGAUUUAUCAAAUGAAGAGAUUAGGAAGUUAAAUCUUUUUCAAAGACUAAAUAUUGUCAUUAAUAUUGUUUGUGCACUAAAUUAUCUCCACAACCAUGGUCAAACACCAACAAUCCAUUGCGAUCUUAAGCCAAGCAACAUUCUUCUGGACAAAGAUAUGGCUGGGCAUGUAGAAUAUGGUAUGGGAAGUGAGGUCCCAGCGUAUGGUGAUAUAUACAGUUUUGGUAUCCUCAUGCUAGAAAUGUUUACUGGGAAGAGACCCACAGAUGAAAUAUUUAAAGAUGGUUUAAGCCUCCAUAACUUUGUCAAAGAGGCUUUGCCUGGCAGUGUAUCAGAGAUUUCAGGCCCAAUACUUUUUCAGACCGAAAGAGAAGAAAAAGAAAACAUCAUAAGGAGUGAAAAGAUUGUGGAGUGCUUGAGUUUGAUACUUGAAAUUGGAGUCAAUUGUUCUUCAAAUUUGCCUAGAGAAAGAAUGGAGAUUAAUGAUGUUGCAUCUAAAUUGUAUUUCAUCAAAGACACUCUUUUAGGAUUUGAAAUACAUUGA